GAAACCACCAUCGCUCGUAGCAACCGCCAAGGCCAUCGUUGGGUAGUCAUGGCGCAAACACUACCCCUGGAGCUCAUUGAACACAUUACCGACGAAUUCCGUCCGGAUAUCGAAACUCUUCGCUCAUCCUCGCUCAUUUCGAAACAGUGGACCGUCCCCGCUCAACAACGUCUUUUCUCCCGCGUCUCCAUUUUUCCAGAGCUCGUUCGAGCUGUUCCUUCUACUAUAGACUUUCCUAGCUCGGAAGACUGCGCAGGGUAUCCAUUUCCCCAGUAUGUCAUGGAUGGUAGCAUAGACAAGUUCAGGGAGCUGCUGGAACAAGCGCCGCAUCUUGCAGAUUUCGUACAGGAGCUUCAUCUCGGAACGCUCAAAAGGCGUGCAGCACAUGUGUCUUACUAUUACAACUCGGAGGAGGUUCUUGACGGGGCGUUUACUCGGGCGAGCGAGAUCGUCGUCCGCUUUUGGAAUCUUGGGAGCAUGUCUCUAUCUUUUGCGGAGGACUACGACUGGGAGAAGCUGGCGUUCAUGCACGAGUCCCUCUUCCAUGCGGUGGGCUCUUUAAGGCUGCGUUAUCUCAAGAUAGGCCAUGUUACGUUCCCGACACGAUCACAAUUUAUUGAACUCCUUGGCAACUGUGUUGCUCUGCAAGUUCUGAUCAUCGACUACGUCAAAAUCGGCGCUGAUGCUGACAGCGAGACUCGUCAGGAUGCUGUAGAAAAACUUGGGCCGAGGUUAACGGAGCUCGCCGUGCAUGCCGAGCCGCAGUCAUUGAGCCAGAUCAUCCAAGCAUUCAUUUUGCCCUCAUCUCCUGUCGACGUGUCUUCUCUGCUCCGUCUUUCGCUUUGGUGUCAAUACCCUAAGGAACGGACCUAUCAGCUCAUCAGUCCGACCUGUUCACUACUUUGCAAAGCGCAGUGUCUGCAACAUCUACGGCUCUUCACGUCUCUUGCCGGUACGAUUUCUCUCUCCUGCGGUGUAGCUCUUUCCAUGACUCACCCCCCACCAACCUUCCAGGCCCGCUAUAUCAAUACGUGGAUCCCGCCAGCCUGCAAACACUAUAUGUCUGCGACCAGCUCUCUCGAUUGUCUUCCACGCUUUUCUGGCUCACGGAGAGUCUCGAAGACGGGAGUAGCUCAGAGUCUGGGCUGGCACUGACCGAGCUGUCUGUCGAUAUCUGCAACACCCAAUUCUACCCUUCCGAAAACCUUUUCACCGAUAAGACUGCUUGGGCUCAUCUGGGUAUGGCCCUGGAACAACAUGCCCGCCUGUUACGCUCGGUGGUGAUCCGCAGCAAGAAUGUCUCUCUAUCCGGGUUCCGUAGGGGAAGCAUG